AUGAAAUUUUCAACUUCUUCUUUGAUAAUUCAAUCACUUCUUGCUUCAAUUUCAAUUGCUUCACCAAUUGAAAAAAGAUCUCCAAAAACUUUAAAUUUAUCAUUUGAUGUUGUUAAACCUGGAAAUAAAUCAGAUGUACCAGCUGUUCAUUCUUCUAGCAAUUCUGAUAAUAAAAGAUCAGAAAGUUUAAAUCUUUAUAAUCAAGAAUUACAAUAUUUAACUAAAAUUAAAAUGGGAUCAAAUCAACAAGAAAUUUGGGUAGGAUUAGAUACUGGUUCAUCAAAUUUAUGGUUCCCCAGUUCAGAUGCUAUAUGUUAUUCAAAUUUACAAUGUAAAAAUUAUGGAUCAUUUGAUCCAAGUCAAUCAACUACUUAUCAUAAUUUAUCAACUGUUUUAUUUGCUACUUUUAAUGAUGGUAGAAAUGCAAAAGGUUAUUUUGCUAAAGAUGAUUAUUGGUUUGAUGAUGGUACUAAAUUAGAUCAAGUACAAUUUGGUUUAAUGAAUCAAGAUGAUAGAUAUAUUGGAUUAAUGGGUGUUGGUUUAACUAAUUUAGAACAAACUGAACCUGAAUAUCCAAAUUUUCCUAUAGCUUUAAAAAAUCAAGGUAUAAUUGAUAAAACUGCUUAUUCAUUAUUUUUAAAUGAACCAGGUUCAGCUUCUGGUAAUAUUUUAUUUGGUGGUGUGGAUACUGCAAAAUAUGAUGGUGAUUUAGCUAUAUUAGAUUUUGCAAAUUAUACAUGGAUUGGAGUAGAAGUUCAAUCAUUUACAACACCAGAUGGUAAAACUCAUGAUUUAAAAUUUAAUACUGCUUUAGAUUCAGGUACUACAUAUAUUAUAUUAAAUGCAGAAAUUGCAAAUCCCAUAUUAGAUGCAAUGGGAAUUGGAAGUUCAGAUACUGUUGCAUGUUCAUCAAUUGAUUAUUCUCAACAUUUAACUUUUAAUUUUAAUGGAGUUAGUAUUAAUUUACCUUAUACAUCAUUAUUUAAUGAUUUAGGUAAUGAUCAAUGUGUUUGUUUAAUAAAACCUGAAUGGGAAGGUGGUUCAGGAAACUUUUUUGGUGAUACUUUUUUACAAAAUGCUUAUGUUGCUUAUAAUUUAGAUACUAGAAAAAUUGGUUUAGCUCAAGCUAAUUAUAAUGGAGGUUCAAAUAUUGUUGAUUUUUGGUUUUAA